AGCAGAUGAAGCCACUUAGAGAAGCUGGUCGUGGAAGGAGAGAUCCACUGAGGCUAGCAGACAUGUGGAGCCAGAAACCAGAUCGGCAAAUGGAGGAACCUCGGAGUUGACUGGAAGGAUCUCCGUGGGUUUCACGAGGCUAGCCUUGGAGGACCCAUCUUUGUGGUCAGGAAUUAAGCAGGGACUCAGCCGGGAUGCUUGGAAGCACCUGAGGACUGAUUAAGAGGAGGGAGGGCCAGUGACAGCCCAUCUCCUGAGUCCCCGACCUCACCUGCUGCUCCAGCAGCCCCAUAGCUGAGUGGGGCCUCCAGGCCUGACUGGGACUCUCGCUGGAGAACUGACUCAGGGAGCCUCCCAGGAUGACUGUCUCGCCGGGCAACCUGAAUAUGGUGGAAAAGUCCCGGAACUUCUCGGCUGACGACUGCUUCCACUCUCGGAGCACUGUCCUGCAGGGGCAGCCCUUUGGGGGUAUCCCCACUGUGCUGUUCCUCAACGUUAUCUUGUGGGUGGUCAUCGUCUUGGUUUACUCCUUCCUCCGGAAAGCCGCAUGGGACUACGGACGCCUGGCUCUGCUGAUACACAACGACAGCCUGACCUCGCUGAUCUAUGGGGAGCAGAGCGAGAAGACGUCUCCCUCGGAUAUUUCCCUGGAGAUGGAACACAGGGACAAGGGCUUCUAUUCCUGGUUUUUCAAUACCAUCACCAUGAAGAACGAAGAUCUGAUUAGCAAGUGUGGAGACGAUGCCCGUAUCUACAUCAUGUUCCAGUAUCAUCUCAUCAUCCUUGUGCUUAUCCUCUGCAUCCCCUCCUUGGGCAUCAUUUUGCCCAUCAACUACACUGGAAAUGUUCUGGACUGGAAUAGUCACUUUGGUCGGACCACCAUUGUCAAUGUCUCCACAGAGAGUAAGUUCCUGUGGCUGCACAGCUUCUUCGCUUUCUUAUACUUUGUCACCAACUUCCUCUUCAUGACUCAUCACUGUUUAGGGUUUGUGCCCAAGAAGAGCUACAAGGUCACAAGGACACUAAUGAUCACCUAUGUCCCCACGGACAUCCAAGACCCAGAGAUCAUCAUUAAGCAUUUUCAUGAGGCCUAUCCAGGGUGCGUAGUGACCAGAGUCCACUUCUGCUACGACGUCAGGACCCUGAUUGACUUGGACGAUCAGAGGCGCCAUGCAAUGCGGGGCCGGCUCUAUUAUACGGCCAAGGCCAAGAAGAAGGGGAAGGUGAUGAUCAAGGUCCAUCCCUGCUCCCGGCUGUGCUUCUGCAAGUGCUGGGUUUGCUUUAAAGAGGUAGACGCAGAGCAGUAUUAUAGUGAGCUGGAGGAGCAGCUGACUGAUGAGUUCAACGCUGAGCUCAACCGCGUGCGGCUGAAGCGUCUGGACCUGAUCUUUGUCACCUUCCAGGACUCCAGGAUGACAAAGCACAUCCUGGAGGAUUACAAGUUCAUCCAGUGCGGUGUGUCGGCCCAACAGUCCUCGGUGACCACCGUCGUCAAAUCCGACCGCUGGAGGGUUGUCCUUGCCCCACACCCCAAAGACAUUAUUUGGAAACACCUGUCUGUCCGCCGCUUCCAUUGGUGGGCCCGCUUCAUCGCAAUCAACACCUUCCUCUUCCUCCUCUUCUUCUUCCUCACCACGCCUGCCAUCAUCAUCAACACCAUCGACAUGUACAACGUCACCCGCCCCAUGGAGAAGCUGAAGAGCCCCAUCGUGACCCAGUUCUUCCCCUCCCUGUUGCUCUGGGCCUUUACGGUGAUAUUGCCUCUGAUCGUCUACCUGUCCGCCUUCCUUGAAGCCCACUGGACCAGAUCAGCUCAGAAUCUGAUCAUAGUGCACAAGUGCUACAUCUUUCUGGUGUUUAUGGUGGUCAUUCUGCCCUCUAUGGGACUGACCAGUUUGGAUGUCUUUUUCCGCUGGCUCUUUGACAUCUACUAUCUGGAACAGGCAUCCAUCAGGUUCCAGUGUGUGUUCCUGCCAGACAAUGGCGCCUUCUUUGUCAACUACGUGAUCACGUCAGCUUUGAUUGGCACAGGCAUGGAGCUGUUGCGCCUGGGGUCCCUCUUUCUGUACACCACCCGACUCUUCUUCUCCAGGUCGGAGCCGGAGAGAGUCCACAUCAGAAUGAACCAGGCCAUGGACUUCCAGUAUGGGCGUGAGUACGCGUGGACGUUGAACGUCUUCAGCGUGGUGAUGGCGUACAGCAUCACUUGCCCCAUCAUUGUUCCUUUCGGGCUACUCUACCUGUGCAUGAAGCAUGUCACGGACCGCUAUAACAUGUACUACUCCUAUGCACCCACCAAACUCAACGAGCAGAUCCACAUGGCUGCCGUCCACCAGGCCGUCUUCGCACCGCUCCUGGGUCUGCUCUGGAUGCUCUUCUUCUCCAUCCUGCGGUUAGGGCCACUACACGCCAUCACCUUCUUUUCCCUCUCCACCCUUAUCGUUUCCAUGAUACUGGCCUGCGUUGGCACUUUUCUGGGGAAGCUUCGGAAAGCGUCUGACUAUGAGCCCGAGGAGGAGAUGGAGACCGUGUUUGACCUGGAGCCCAGCAGCACCUCCUCCACGCCAACUUCCCUUCUGUAUGUGGCCACCGUGCUACAAGAGCCGGAGAUGAACCUGACCCCAGCCUCCUCCCCAGCCCGGCACACCUACGGCACCAUGAACGGACAGCCGGAAGAGGGAGAAGAGGAGAGUGGUGUGAGGGGCUUUGCAAGGGAGCUGGACUCGGCCCAGUUCCAGGAAGGGCUGGAACUGGAGGGCCAGAGCCAGUACCACUGACCAGGACCCAAGGCCUCCACCUGGCAACGCCAGCCGGGAGUGGCGGCCAGGGGAGAGCCCAGCAGGGGGAGGCAAGGAGGGUGGCCUGGACCGCCGCCCCACUACCUCCUGCAGACUUUGGGAAGGCCCCAACGGAGCCCCGGCUAUCUGUCGGCCACGUGGAGGCCCCGACCUGCUGACCAGCUAGAACGGGAGAUGACGGGCAGUGUCGAGGGACCCCAGGAUGGGAUGGAGGAUACCGGCGAGCACCAUGUCUUGGGAGCAGGGGCUGGAGCCCUGAGCACAGAGACUGAAGGCUGGGGGACUUCCUGGGGUCAUGGUGGAGAAGGUUCGCAUCAGGGAAGAGGCAGGAGGAAGCCCACUGAAGACUCUCUGGGGUCGUCGCCACCCUUCCACCAGCUGCCCUGCCCAAGGAGCUUCUGCUGCUGUCCUACCCUAACCCUCACUCCCAGCCCACCCCUCUCCUGCAGUCUGAGGAAGCAAAGGUAUGUAUGCUGGCCUCGCCAGCAAGACACAGACGGCCACCUCCUCCGGGUUUCCCUGCACGGGGAUCUGUAAAGAGGAAGUCUCUGCACCCGCCCGCAGGGAGGGGCAGCUGAGACCAUAGACUUAAAGGAGGCGACUGAGCCCCUUCCUAUUCCUCUGCCCCUCAUCAGAUGUCCCCAGGAGCAGCAGGGUAGAGAGCCUUCUUUCUAUUCCUGCAGGAGUAGCUGGGAUGUGGUCACGCAGGGCUCAUUAAACGGGACCUGUGUGCCUUUUGAUGAAGGCUGCUGGUUACUGUAAGGUGGGCGGGGCAGAGGCAGAAUUCAUGGAAGGAGGUCUUCUCCCAAAACGCUGAGUGAUGAGAAACCCGAUAUACCUCCCCAAGCCCCGGGGCCUAAUGAGAGGACCCCCAAGGUCGAGGAUGUGGCCACUGAGAGCUGCUCCGGCCACAUACCCAUCUGAGUGCCUAGGCCCCCAGGGUGACCAAGGUGGGGGGUAGCUGAGGGUGAGAAGCCCUUGCUGCAAACUGAAGGCACUGGCCUCUCCCCGGCCUCCGAGCAGGACCCUUCCUCUCCUCUCGGGGCCGCCCUGCGCUUUGCACUGAAGAGCAGUCCAGUGGCCUCCAGUGUGGUCCUGGCUCAGACACUGCGGAUGCCCUGCGGGGGACUGAGGGGCGCAGGCGGGAGCUGCGUCCUCCAUGGACAGGCAGCGUAAGGCUGCCCUCCCGGGGCGGCCCCCACCCGAGGCCUGGAGGGGCCGAAUCCUGAGUGGGAACAACGCUGGUGCCACCACUGCUGCAGGCCGGGGGUGUGCAGGCCUCUGGGGACAGGCCCCCAUCAGGACCACCAGGCAGCCAGCUGGGGAGACACGAAGAAGGGCUGGCCAGGGCCUGGGUGCACCAGAAUGAACCAAGUCAAAUGGGAUCUGCACGCUCUAGAGCUCUCCUGAGCGCCCUCCUCCAAAGGUCUGGGCCCCUGCAGCCAACCUACUGAAGGUGGGCGUCCAGGUUCACCUCACCUGGGUGUUUCCCACCAGCUGCCGGGCACACACGUGCUCCUGAGCUCAGAUCACCUGAGCCUCACUUCUGCUCCACCCGUGCCCACAUCCUGGCUCCGGAAGCUCCAAGCUUGACCCCAGAGGAGAAAUGGCACUUGAGGGGCAAAUACUGCCCUCCCCCGAGAGCUCAGCCCAGACCUUGGAGUGAGGGAUCUUUCCAGAGAGCCUGGCUCAUCUGGGAGGAGGCUGUCUCUCCUCGUCCAGGUAGGAAUAAGGAGGAAAUACCCAGCUGGUCCCUCGUAAACCCAGGCCCCGCAGGGCUAUCUCCCCCAAGCAUUUCACCAGCCAACAGGGGGAAGUGGUCCUUUCCAGGACAGUCCAGCACGGCGCCCUGCCCACCAUGGGGAGGUGGCAGCCCCAGGCCCUGCCCCGCGCCCAGGUGUGUGGCGAGGGCCGUCCUGCCCGAAGCUGGCCUGAGGGCUCGCCUUCACUUGGCACUACUUGCUGGCAUCCGCCCCGGCCUCCGCAGCCCCUGCGGGACUGUUCCUGCUGCUUGUCUCGCCUCCCACUGCCCUGCUGGCAGCCUGUGGAGGCUACAUAUGGAAAGGUCCCAGCAGAUGCUGUGGCAGCAUGGCUGGGGCUUCCCCCUCUGAAUCUGGGUCAAGUGCAGUCUGGUUCUGAGAGAAGACGGUGAGGAUGUUGGGAAAGUUGCUGCAUCUGCUGGCUUCUCUACUCUUCCCGGAGACCCUGGCCACAGCCGCUCGACCUCCCGUGGUCACUGCUGCGGGUGUGGGCGUACUUUGGCUCCUUACACGCCACAUCCAGGCCCUCCUCAAGCAUCUCCCCUCCAACCUGCUCUCUCGGCCCACACGCUUCUCACCCACUGGCCUCCGCCUACCACCAUCCACCCCAUCCCACUGCCCACUUCCCAGCCGCCCCUGCCCCAUCUGUUCCCCCAAGCCCCGCCUCUCAGACCUGAUCCUCUCUGGAGGGAGCUGCCUCGGGGUACCAGGUAUUGCCUAGAGCCUUUGAGAAAUGCCCCUCCCAGGGCCUAGGGCAGCUCCAUGCUUGCCUGCCUCUUCCUCAGACACUUCUGGAAGCAAAGUGCCUAUCAGCAGCAUUGCAUCCUCUGGGGACCCCGGUGGGGAGUGUGGACUUGCCUUGGCCAUCACCACUAAAGCAAUGUGUCAGAACGCCGAACCUUCUUGUUACUAACGCUAUGACCGUGCCUUGAAUAAACAAGUCCUCCCAACC